GAGGAAUUCUGGGGCCUCUUGGGAGCCUCUUGGGGUCCUCUUGGGAGCCUCUCGGGGCCUCUUGGGCUUCCUGGGCACCUCUUCUUGGCCGGCUCCAGUCGUGCUGUUCCGCGGUGUUGUCAUUUGGUGCCGCUUUGCGUCGGAUCUCAGAGGCGUACCCCCCCGCCGCGUCGCACGUCCUCGGCCUCAAGGAGACCCUGCAGUUCCUGAGCAUCGACUCGUACCACGCGCCCGCGGCGCGCUGGUGCAGCGAGAUGGGUGCCGCGUCGAUGAGAGAGGUGGCAGAGCACGUCGAAGAGUUCGCCUCCGCCCUCAGGCUGAGGCCCCUGGAGCUCCAGAGAGUCAGGAGGUGGGCGAAAGAGGAGCUGGCCAAGGACGCUGCGCUUCGACGCCUGUCGGAUGGACCUGGGCAAGAGAGGGAAGAGCGCACGGCCUCGGCAAAGGCGCACCGAAGCACGGCCCAGGAGCCGGCCAGGCCAUCGCUGGCCGUGCCCGUGCUCGGCAUCACGAUCGCCAGCGCAGCAGGGCUGAAGGCCUGCGACUGGAACGGGAAGUCCGACCCGUACUGCAAGUGCUGGAUCCAGGGCCAGCCAGACUCCGAGUUCCAGACCCCGGUGGUCAAGAAGGAGCUGAGCCCGGCCUGGAAUUACUGGCGCGCGCUCCCAGACGUGCCCGACGUCUGCGCCCUGCAGUUCGAGGUCUGGGACUGGGACAGGUUCACCAAGGACGACCUCAGCCCGAAGAAGAGACCACGGCAGAAGCAUACACUCUCGUAUAGGUCCGCUGCAUCGGCUCGCUCGGGACGUGUGCGUCGUUUCUCUCGGCGAGAGCCUUCCGUGAGCAUCUUGGGCCCUUCUGCGGGAAGAACGCGCACGGAACCGAACCGUGCACUGGGAACGGACGUCCGAACGAUGGCGAGCUGCUCGGACUCCUAAUGGCAUCUGCGCUGGACCCUUCCCGCACUGGCGUGCGGGCCAGCGCGCCUGGGGGCGGCGCCGGGGAGGCGCCGCGCGGAGGUUUUCCGGUGCCGCUCCGAGGGCACAGACCCCCGACGUCAUGACUUCUCCUCCUCCUCCUCCUCCUCCUCCUCCUCCUCCUCCUCCUCCUCGUCACGUGGACCGACCUCAGUGGGCC